AUGAGCCAAGGCCGCAGCAGACCCACUUCGUCCGGCUCCCAGCCCGCCUCGAUAUAUGGAGACCUUGAAGAUGCUAUCUGCCUCCUAGCAUUGGUUAUGAAACGACCGCCGGACCUUGACGGAAUAAUGGUACCAGAAAAAGGUCUACAUAGCACAAGUGGUAGUUUGAGGCAAACUUUGGGCGUGGACCUAAACAACGGUCCGGAAAAGGACCAUGAUGCUUUGCAGGUGGAAACUGAUGUCGGAGUCGACGAAGUUGAGGAAUUGGACGAUUUGCAGCUUAUUGACACAGACAGAGAUGAGCAACAGUACCUCACUGAGUUGCAAAGCAAGAUCUUGGAUCGAUUGGCGCAGACACUAGCUAGGUUCAAGUCCGAUCCCAUGACGAAAACAUCAAUUGAUGCGAGGCAUGUGUCUAGCGCAAUGAUGAUUAUAUACCAGGAGGAUGAAAGAGUUAAGAUUCUCUGCUCGAAGAACGAAGGACUUGACAUAGAAGACAAAGUUUUUCUCUGUGACUGGAAGGGCUCUAUGGAAACCAUAGCCAGAAAAGAUGAUGUUAAUCAGCCUGCUGCGUCUGCGAUAGUACUAAGGUCAUGGCAGGAAGCUGCAUCGGAAGAAGACAUGACUACCAUGUUUAACUUAGUGGUCAACCAUCAAUGGCGGCGAAUACUGUGCUAUCUGAAGUGGUUGAAGUGUGCGUUUCAACCUAAGGAAUUUCCAGCGCAUCAUCGAAGUAAAGAGGCGGCCGCUCUCGUAAAAUCGCGGCUUGAAUCCCACCCAUUCCUCAAAACCAGAUUAUGGACUGAUGAUAAUGGUUUUGAGUUCUCAACACCCACGAAUCUUCGUGCUGAAGAUUAUGGGCUAUCGGAAACUGUCGCGACAGGUGAAAGCUUCGAGAAUGUCGACAGCAGUGUUUCUGAUCUUUUCAAAAAGGUUCAUAAGUUGUGUGCAGAAGAGUCUCGAAGAUCUCAGGAAGAGCUGCUCAAGUAG